CCCUGUUUCACAAAGUGGGGUCAGGGGCCCCCGCCUUCAGGUCUUUUACACGGCUUCUCCGGAUGAACUGAAGGCCAUGUUGUUAUUUUGCCCUAAAAGCAUAAAUUACCACACUUUUACAACAUAAAUACAUGCUGGUGGGGGUCACACUUUACCAGCUGGUAUAUUCUGCAGGCAUUUAAGUCUCUCUGGGUUUAUGUGUGUUUUAUCUUCAGCUGUGGGUGUCUGAAUUGUGUGCUGAGCCGUGGAAGAAAAAAAAAGAAAAAGAAAGAAAGGAGAGAGAGCUUCCCUGGCAGGCUUCAUCCCCCUCAGUCAGUCUGACCGCCCACAGUCCGGGGGGAGAAAGUGCUGCUUUGUGAAUGAAGGGAGCGGCGGGGAGAACAGAAAGCAAACUUUACCAAAAUAAAUUUCCGACGGGUGACGAUUUUACACCCAAGCGAAAGGGUUUCGACGGUGCAACAAGCGACACCUGGCCGACCAGGACCGAGAAAACAGAUCUCCCCCAUCCAGGUCUUUUUAGAGAAGCUGUAAAUCAUGGUGAUCAGUUUGGCCUGUGUGGUCUGUCUCAGUCUGGUGGUGGUGGUCAGUGGUGACCCGUGCCUCAUCAUCAGCGAGAUUAACGCCGAUAACCCAAGACUGGACACCACUGAGUUUGUGGAGCUGUAUCACACCAGUGGACAACGGGCUUCACUGGAUGGCUACACCCUUGUGUUUUAUAAUGGCAAUGGAAAUAUAGCCUACAAGGUGCUGGACCUCAAAGGCCACAGCACCGAUGACAGAGGGUUCUUUCUGGUGGGCUCAGUGGACAUGCUGCCCAAACCGGCCAUCCUCCUGCCUCCCAACACAGUCCAGAACGGCCCAGACGCCAUCGUCCUCUACCACACAUCUGCUGCUCGCUACAGUGAGAAGAUGAACGUCUCAGCCCUUGGGCUGGUGGACGCUGUAGUGUAUAUGACUCGUCGCACUGGCGGAGCAGAGUUCCUCGCUGAAACUCUGACACCUGGGGAGCCAGCCUUUGUUGAGGAUGAAACAGCGUUGGAGGGUGAUGAGUCAAUUGAGAGGUGCCUGCUAUCUGAGGAUCGCUGGGGCUUUCAGGUGUCCUCACCCUCCCCGGGUCAGAGGAAUAACUGCACCCCGCCCGCUGUCCCAGCAACCAUCCCUGUGAUUACUGAGCUGAAGCUUGGGGGAGGGCAGGUGGACGGGUUUGUGGAGCUAACAGAGGCUCCGACUGCAUUUCCUUUGGUACUGGUUGUGUUGGAUGGGAAAACAGACAGGGUCAGUGUGAGUGUGGAUGUGGGUGCAGUCAACUCCAGGCAUGGGUUGAUCUCCAUGACCAUAGAGAAGAACUACAUGAAAGGGGAUGAGUCUGGGGCAGUGGCUAUUUACAGUGGCAGAGCGUCAGACUUCCCCGUGGGCAGUCCACUGAGCCAGAUACAGCCUCUAGAUGCAUUUGUGUUUGCUGGACCUGGAAACAAGCCUAGUGCCAACCUCACAGAGACUCUCAUCCCAGGCAGACAGCCCUACCAACUGAGCAACAGUCUGAGAGAGGGAGGCUUCUACCUGAGUCGCUGUGGUGUGGCCACCUGGACAAGAGAUCCUGGUGUCUUCUGGGAGGCCCCACAAACUCCUGGUCAGCCCAACCAGUGUCCUUGGCCAAAGAUCUGCCCUCACAGUAUAGUGAUUCCAGGAGGUACAGACUCACCACCUCACUUCCCACCCUGGGGGAACAGUGAAUUCCUGAUCAAUGAGCUGAACACUGAUUCACCUGGCGCAGCUGAGGACGGCGAGUACAUCGAGCUUUGGCACCCAUCGGGGCGCCGGGUCUCCCUGCAGGGCAUCUGGAUACUACUGUUCAGUGCACACAACAACAGACCCUACAGGGAAAUCAGCCUAAGUGGACACUUCACCACCUCUAAGGGCUACUUUCUGCUGGGUAGUGACAGGUUGGUGCCAGCUCCAUCACUCCGCCUGCCCCCCAAUACCAUCCAGAACGGUCCAGAUGCUGUGGCACUCUAUCGCAGCCCUUUUGGCCCACCGUCAGCAACACAGAGAGGGAUCCCCACCAAAGGCCUGCUUGAUGCAGUUGUGUACCGGCAGAGAGGAUCAGAUAAGGAGGCGCAGGAGCUGAGUAAAGCUCUGACGCCAGGGCAGCUGCCUCUGCUGGAGGAUCCCGAGGUUAUGCCUGGAGAUGAAACCCUCAGCCGCUGUAGAGGCCUUUAUCCUUUCGACCUGUCUGCUUUCUCAGUGGCUCCACCCACCCCUCUAAGAGAGAACAGCUGCCCCCGCCCCCCUCCAGCGCCUGAGGGUGUGGUCAUCGGUGAGGUGGCUAGUAGCCAUUGGACCAAUCACAGCCAACAGAGGGCCUUUGUAGAGCUGCAUGGGUCCCCCAUGACAAACCUGCGAGGCCUGGUGCUCUCUGUGUUCGACCAGGAGCACAGUGGGACCCUCAUUGCCCUCCCUUUGACUGGAUCUAUUGACCAAGAUGGAUUUUACAUUGUUGGAAAUGUCACCGGAGCAGAUCAGACUUUCCCGGAGGGCUCCACAGUGCCGGCACGAGGAGCAGUGGUCUUGUGCUAUGGCCUGUUCAGUGUCUGUAGAGCCGGCACCGCUCUGACCAACUCCAGUCUCAGAGAUGUACUUGUGUUCAGUGAAAACCAGCAGCUGCUCUCCUCUCUGUCCACCACCAGAGGGAGACAAGUGAUUCCAGUUCUCAGGUCAGUGGAAGAUGGUCCUGUUUCACUCAGCCGAUGUUCAUGCUGUGAGGUGAGGAGCCCCUUCUCCUGGACGAGCUCCUCGCCCACACCUCACAGCACCAACCUCUGUCCGAGCUCUGCCUUCUCAAGCCACAUUGACCUUUGCCUAGGGCCUCUGUCCAGUGAUGGGCAGGAGCAGUCGGGAGACUGCAGCGGUCUUAUCCAGUGGAAGAGGGUCGCUGAGGUGGCCGACUACCUGGAGCAGAAAUGUCACUGUGGCAUCUCUGCCUUGUAUCUCCAAGAAGCCAACUUCUCCUGUGUGUCUGGGUGGCUGCGAGUGUGGGGGAGCAUCCAGGCGCUGUCGGACCAUCAGAAGGCCCUCAUCAUCCAGACAUCACACAUGAACCCUUCAUCUGCUCAGGGAGACGUCUGCACAGCUCCAGCCGCAGACCGCUAUACAAGCACAGCGUCUGCCCUGGGCUUACAGAUAGGCCUGAUAGUAGCAGUGCUCCUGCUGCUCGGACUGGGAGCUGCUCUGUUCACAUAUUUCUACAGGAAGAGACGUCCUCUGGACUACUACACCAUGGAGCUGAGUGAACACGCAGAGGGACUGUCAGAUCUAUAAUUCAGGCUUUGAAUCGCCACGUUUGCAUCUGGAAGUGCUUGUGCGUGGGAGGAAUUGAGCAGAGAGAGUGUGAGAUGGGGUAAUCAGAGGUUAAUUUGACCUGUACUCUAAACGAUUGUGUGGUUAUUUUCAGACGAACGCCACCACAAGUGUCCUUCUCUGUGUCUAUGGGAGAUCACUGAAACGGCUCGUAGUUGUCUGUGUGGCAUGUAAUUUCAUGGCAGCGGCGACGCUUAAGACAUCAAAUCAGGCAGCCCAUGAGUUAAAUUUAAAAACAUUUGCCUGUGAACAGUGCUGGUUACUACUUUUAAAUGAAAGGGAAUAUAAAAGAGAGGAUUUUAAAAAAAAAAAAAAAAAAAAAAAAAAAAAAACAAAAAACUUGAGUCCUCAAUGGUCAUUUUUGAUGACUUGGUCAUGUUACUGUGGAGAAAGCCUUUAAAUUUUUAAAUGUUAAAAAAAAAAAAAACAUGCUUUUGGUUUAUGCAGGAAGCUCUAUCAAUUUAAUGAUCUUUCUUUCAUCACAUUCUCAGCUGGGACAACAGUGUUUUUAAAAAAAGACUUUAUAACCAAGAAAACAUUUGUUAAGCUCACAUGUAUUCUUCAGAAUGUUCCACUUACUGCUUUGUUUUCCUGCUGUGCGCUGUAAUAAUCAGUUUUUCAAGUCUUUUUCCCUCAAGGGCUUGAUUGUCUUUAUAAAUGUGAAUGUCCUGAGCUAACUUGUAAUGUCUGUAACCACUUUUGUGUGCUUACUGGAGGCAAACUGUUUACAUUUUUUUGAUUUCAUUUGAAAAUCAGAAGAGAAAGGGAUGUGCUGUACUGAUGGUGAAGGCAUUUCUUCAAAUGAGGGUAUGAAUGAUUGCUUGGUGUUAAGAAACCAACAGCUGUUUUUUUUUAUUUUUCGUGGCUCAGAAAUCUCUGCUGUGCCUUUACUUGCUUGUUAUUUGAUCAGCUGAUUCCUCUUUUAUUAGAGGGAAAUUACAGCCAUCUCUGCUGCGGCCAUAAGUGUAAAUACUGUGGAUAUUAUGUAAGUAUUCUCAGGGGGGAGGGCAAUUAUUAUCAGUCUCAAAUGAUGGCUUGUUGUAGAAAUACAGAAAGCAGCUGGAGUCAGUGCAAAAAGUGAAAGAUUUUGAUUUGUUAAGUAAUUUGAGUCCACCUUAUUUGAAAAUAACAUUUCUGCCAAUACAAAGUGCCAUGAAAUAAAUCAGAAGCUUGGAUAUGCUCCAUUAAUGUGCCGCUUAACUUGUAAUGCUGCCUUACUCAUUUGCUGUGGUGCACGGAAUACCAGUUUGUUUGUAAGCUUGCCUUAAUUACCUCGGUGAUCACAUUUUCUCCCUCUGUACCGUUUGCACUUAGUUCUAAUUUCUCAGUAUUGACAUUUAUCAAUACAUAAUACACACUUGUCACGCAUAAUUAACCACAAAAAAAUAUCUGAUUUGUUUUGACUAUUUUUUUAAAAGAAAAAAUGGAUGGAAAAACCAGCAAAAUCAUGUAAAUUAAGGCCUUUUUUUUAGCUUUCAUAGAGAGCAAAGAUGAUGUUUUUUCCUCCCUUGAAAUUGUGUCGUAUAAUGUUCAUAAAAGGUAUUUUAUUGUAAACGUCUAUAUUUUUAGGUUUUGUGUAAAGUGGUAUAUGUAGUAGAUUUUGUGUAAAAUGGUACAUGUAGAGAGUUUUAAAUAAAAAGGAGCCAGCUGCACCUCAGAACUAUAAA